AUGUUCAUCCCUCCCUACCUCCAAAGAUACCUAUUCCUAAACGCCAUCCGACUCCUAACCAUAAUCUCCUGCUCUCUAGUCAUAGCCUCCACGAUCCGUCUACUCGUCAUAAACUUCCAACACUAUCCUCCCCAACCGGCCACCCUCCUCGACCCAACCCUCGCAUACUACCCAUCCACCGACAUACCCACCACAUUCUUCGGCGUAUUCUGGUCAACCCUCCACCACAUCUCAAUCUCCCUCGUCCUCUUUGUCGUAAUCCUAUCCGAACUCUCCCUUCCGAUCCCGCUCCUUCAUAGGCUGUUUAAGAACACACUGCCGUUUUUAGGGCCGAAUUGGGGAACGGGGUUCUUAGGCGUGCUGUUGGUGCUGGUUGCAGGGGAUGGACUGAGUAGAGGCAGUGUCGGGGGGAAGUUUAAGGAGGUUAGUGAGUGGUGUAUGGCGGUUGUGGGGGUGUUAAAUGUGGGGUCAGGGGUUGUUUGGAGGGCGAAAGGGAAGACGGUUAGAGGUUGGGGUGGGUGGAAGGUUGAGAUUGCGGAGAAGUUGGAGGGUCUGGCGGAGGCUAAGGCGAGGGCGGAGAAGGUUGUUGAUGGAUUGCCGAUGCCCGUGGGUUUUGGGAAGAAGAAAGCGGGGGCUGAGGGUGAGGGUGAGGGUGGAGGGUUGAAGGGUUUGGUUGGGAAAGCGGCCGAGAUGAUGGGAAAGAAGUUGGAUGAGAGGCAGCAGAAGAAGGAAGCGAAAGUAGCAGCCGGCCAACCUAAAGCCAUUGGAGAGAAAGACCUGGAGAAAGCGCAAUUCACCAACAUACAACCACCGCCAGCUGCGAGACCGCCGCAAGGACUAGGCUUGUUCACUCCAGCCUUACCUUCCGCCGUUAUCCAAUCCCGCUCGGUUCAUCCAUCACCACGAACCUCACUAUCAUCCACAUCAACUGACAGCAUGGCACAACAUCAUCCAGCUCUAAAAAGCGCAUCGACCCGCAUUCCUCCUCCUCCCCUAGUCUUGCAUCGACCACCAUCAACAGCAACGACGCUCUCCCAUUCCUCAUGUUACUCCCUCCACCCUCCUCCCCCUGAACUCACCAAGGCUGCCUUCUCUUCGCCUCACAAUCACAGCACCAUGGACUCCCACCACACCAACCUAUCCCCGAUCCCACCCGCACCGACGAGAACACCAACCAUCAAAACCGUCCGCUUUCAAUCUCCCACACCCCGCCAUCUCUCUACGACUAUCGACUCGCACUGUGCCGAUGUAGGAGGCGCAGCCGAAGAAGGAGGCAAAGCUGACGCUGGAAGCUCGUUAGCCGACUCAAAAAGCUCAGCUAAUGAGGGUGCCUCAACUGACGUCGAGGGGUCGAGAUUCCUCCUAGUACCAAAAAUAAACACUGAUAUCGGACUAAUUGAGGGGGAGAGAAGUCCAUCAGUACUAGCAAGUCUCAAAGCAGCAAUGUUAGAGGCUCAAGCGAAAGCUAUGGCUACGAAAAAGAAUAAGAGUAUUUAUUUGGGAAGUGGCAAGUGGUUUGCCGAAUAUCACAAUGCUGCUUCUUCUCCUGCUCCUGGUUAUGUUUCUCUGCCUGGAUUAAAAAUCAAUCAGGCAGAGCCUCGGGAAGAAACAGAGAAGGGAGAGAAGGGAGAGAAGGAGCAGAAAAAGGAAGAGGAGGAGAAAGCAGGGAGACCGUACCAAUUCCUGUAG